UCUGAGUAGGAACACUUUAUACAACUCCUUUUAUUUUAUUACAUGCCAUCUUCUCCUUCUACAGACUUAUAAGACAUUAAGAACAUGAAAGGCUGACAUAUUGUGCAUGAAGUUCACAGACCGCUGAUGAAGGACAAAUCCUCGUGAUGUGUGAGCUCUAAACGUGGAGAGUGGAGAGAAAACAAAGUGAAAGCACCAUGAACCUUCAGAUGCGAUGGACUCUUCUUAUCUUAUUGUUUCUACACAACACAGAUAUCUCCUGGGCAGUCAGCUUCAUCGUCGUUGGUCCUUCUAAGCCCGUCGUCACUUAUGUCGGUGAAGAUGUGGUCCUGCCAGCCUCCCUCUCACCAGCUCUUAAUGCUGAGGCCUUUCAAGUGAGGUGGUUUACAACUGACAUCAGGUUACCAGAGCUGUUAUACAUCGAUUACAAUAUCGAGAGACAGAGUGACAGAAGAAAAACUCUGAGCAUAGACAACCUCAAGAAUGGCAACGUGUCUCUAAUAAUCAGAAAUGUCCGUGUUUCAGAUGAUCAACUCUACAGGUGUCUUGUGAUCUCAGGACUUACAGAAGAGGAGACUCAGGUCUCACUCACUGUUGGAGUUUUAGGGGCUCAGCCCUCCAUUUCUAUGAGCUCCACUGAAGGCCAGAAGACCCGACUGGAGUGCAGCGCUGAGAAGUGGAACCCCCAACCAGAAGUCACCUGGAGGGACAUGAAUGGGGCAGACGUGACGUCACAGUCCACAAUAAAGUCAGAGCGGGACUCCGAGGGUCUUCUGAGAGUGAGCAGCGUCCUCCCGGUGAAGCAGGAGUACAACGUGUUCAGCUGUCUGAUGAGAAGUAAAGCACCAAAGCCAGACUGGCACUCCGGACUUGGCAUCUACAGUUUCUCUUCAGGGGUCUCUGGCUGGUUGGUGGCUUUCUCCGUCUUGUUGGUUCUUUGCUUAGUGGUGACUCCCCUGCUGGUCAUUCAAUGGAGAAGAAUGAGAGAAACAAACACCAGAUAUGAUUCAAUAGUUAGAUUCCUUCCUAUAUGGUUCCUGCUCAAGGAAAUUGAAAAGUCACAACGCGUCACCAAUGCAGAAUGGAGGAGAAUAUGCAGCUCAGCAGCUGAUGUCACUUUUGACCCUGAGACUGCAAAUCCACAUCUCAUUGUGUCUGAAGACGGGAAAGAAGUGAGACUGACAGACACACGACAGAGAGUGACAGACAAUCCAAAGAGGUUUGACCGCUUUGUUAAUGUCCUGGCCAGAGGAGGAUUCACGUCAGGGAGACACUACUGGGAGGUGGAGGUCGGGGGGAAGACUAAGUGGACUUUAGGAGUCGCCAGAGAGUCGGCCAACAGGCAGGGGGGGAUUACACUGAUCCCAUAUAAUGGAUACUGGACUGUGUGGCUGAGGAGAGAACAGUACAAGGCCCUCAAUAACAGUUCUGUGAUUCUACCCCUGAGAGUGAAGCCCCAGACAGUUGGGGUCUUUCUGGACUAUGAUGAAGGUCAGGUCUCCUUUUACAAUGCCCAGUCCCGCUCUCACCUCUACACCUUCACAGACUCCUUCACUGAGCCCCUCUAUCCGUUCUUCAGUCCUGGUCUUAAUGACGGUGGUAAAACGCUGCCCCUCUGGUCAUCUGCCCCUGCACACACUGACCCCUCUGUUUUAAUGUCGUCUGUCCAUCUCUGAGCAGCACAAAGCCGAUGGAGACUUUCUUUAACAUUCAGACCACCGAACUCAAAGCCCCCCUGAGGUGUCCUGCUGUUUGCUGCUCUUCUGAUUUUCAUUUUCAGGAUUUCUGUGUUUAAUGAGACAUCAGGACUGAACACUUGGGAUUUUUAAAUGGCGUCGGAUCAAAGCGUCGGCUCCAUCAUCAAAUGUGAAUCUGAGGGUCUGAGA